AUGCUGCACACCUCCGCGAACAGGGCUCAGGGGAGGGCGCUUCGGUGGUCUGGCCCUUUUGGGGUCGGCACGGCCAGGUGGGUGCCCCGUGCGGGUGCCCCUGGUGACGCCCCAAACCCUGCACACGGACGGACGGGGCUCGCUACGAAGCUGCGGGGGGGGAAAAAGAAAAAGAAAAAAAAAAUCAUCCUCGUUCUCCUGCAGUCUUCCGUCUUCCUCGUCCUUCUCCUCCUCCUCCUCCUCCUCCCUCCUCCUCCUCCUCCGCGCCCAAUAAGGAGUUCCACCUAUGGCCUCACUGGGUGCCUCCACAUGGCGCUGCCAUCCCCCAUUUCAACAUACGCCUCACAGUGA